CGUAUGGAGCUGCUCCAGCCCCGCGUCUCUCCCGCUCGGCUUUGUAGCUCCCUCUCGGACGGUCUUUCGCUCCCUCGGAGAUGCCCUAUAGUGAAAUUGAAGCUAAGUUUUUGGGACCUGGAAAAGAACUAACAAGGGAACCAUGCUCUAAAAAAUUGAAGUCAGCUGCAGAUGAUUGUGUUUUGUCCCAUCGAGGUGGUCCUGAAAGUCACAGACUCCAAGAGAAAACCAGAAAUAAUAGGAUCCCUGUGGCCACCAUUAACUUCAGAAGACGAAUUUGUCCUGAGGAAGACAAAACCAGAACUACAGAUGUGUUGAAGCCUUUGUACAAGGAGAUGCCUGGUGAUAAACUAGGUGGUGUUGAAUCCAUUGGUUCGAAAGCUUUGCAGGAUGGAAAGCCUUCAUCACUCUCCAAGGAUGACGAAAUCUAUAGCACAAGUAAAGCAUUCAUAGGCCCCAUUUACAAACCCCCUGAAAAAAAGAAAUGCCGAGAAAGGAAGCAUGAGACGGACAGUUUCAGUAGUGUAGAUGACAAAAGAAGACGAGAAGAAAAACAGAAAUUUAUCUCCAAAAAAUUGGAGAUUGACACGGAAUUAUCCCAGUUUUACAAAGAAAUUGAAGAGCUGGAAAAUGAAAAUGAUGCUUCACAAGGCAGUUGUAAGGUACCAGAGCCUUCCCCGGAACAAACUAUUCCUUAUGACCAGGCCUAUGGUACCUUAAAGUCAGAGGAAGAGAGUAAAGACCUCAGUGACGCUCUUCAGUCACAUUGUGGUUACCAGCAGUACUUGGAGAAUGAACCAGGCAGACAUCCCUGUGAUGAACAAGUGAUGCCUCCGUUUUGUGAUACUUCAUUCUCUUCCUUCGGGCCUGAAUGGCAGUCAGUACAUCCUUUUGUCAUACCCCAUGGUCCUCCUCUUCCCAGUUUUAAUUAUCAUUUUAAUAUUCCAAGAUUCAAUGGCCCACUAAAUCCACCACCAAAUAUUUUCCAUGGGCAAGAUGACUCUCAGAUGCAGAACGGGUGUUACGUAGAUAGUUAUCAGGAUAGCUGGAACUGUUUAACUUUUGAUCAGAACGAUGAGUAUGCUCAUUACGGUGUGACUAGCAGUACUGUUCAGCCCUUCAGAAACGGCUACAGUGUGCAGGAGGAAAGUGUGAGGGAUGGUUUCUGUGAAAUCAGAGAGUGCUGGAGAGAGCCUCUUCUGGGAGAGCGCAAUGGAGCAGACAGGUUGGUGAGCCAGUGGUUUCCAGAGGAGAAGCUAAACAAACUGCAGAAAUUACUUAUUCUUCUGCGAGGCCUCCCUGGGUCUGGAAAAACAACAUUGUCUCGAAUUCUGCUUGGUCAGAGUCGAGAUGGCAUCGUGUUCAGCACUGAUGACUAUUUUCAUCAUCAAGAUGGGUACAGGUACAAUGUUAAUCAACUUGGUGAUGCCCAUGACUGGAACCAGAGCAGAGCAAAACAAGCUAUUGAUCAGGGGAGAUCUCCAGUUAUAAUAGACAACACUAAUACACAAGCCUGGGAAAUGAAACCAUAUGUGGAAAUGGCCAUAGGAAAAGGAUACAGAGUAGAGUUUCAUGAACCGGAAACUUGGUGGAAGUUUGAUCCUGAAGAAUUAGAAAAGAGGAAUAAACAUGGUGUGUCUCGGAAGAAGAUUGCUCAGAUGUUGGAUCGUUAUGAAUUUCAAAUGUCCAUCUCUAUUGUGAUGAAUUCAGUGGAACCACCACAGAAAAGCAUACAAAGACCCCUCCCUCUCCCGGGGGAGCCGAGGUGGGGAGGCCCUGUAGACUCACACAGUCAAGCUGCUAUCACAGAUAGUUCUUAAGUUGACUGGGUUAGCUGACAGUGCUGAGUACUUUAGAGCAAAGUAGUGAGCCUGUCUUGAAUUUGAAUAGCUUCAAAUAAAAAGAAAACCACUUUGUGCUGCCCCACAAGGGCGUUCCCUACAGUUGUUUAGAUCCGAAAGUACAAAUAAAAGUCGCAUAAAAUUGUAUUUUAAAUGUUUUUAUAAUCUUUUGUGAUAAUGCUUUUGGUUAUUAUGAAUAGUAGAAUGAAAAGGGAACUAGGAUUUUUUUCUAAAAUUCAAUUUUAAACUAAUCUAUUUUAAAUACUGUUGAACUGCUUUUUUAAUAGUUCAUACUUUAAAUUUUCAUAAAAACCAACGUUUUCCCUUUAUUACCCUAAAUAUACAGAAACACCAGCUUUUUAUACAAUACUUUAUAGUUGGUUCCUUUAAUUUGGCAUGCUAGUGAAUUAUGUUUCAGCAAAUUCAUAAGUGUGACAAAAUUAGCGCUAAGCCAUAAUUAGCAUCUCACUUAGUUCAAACAGAAUUUCCCAGCAAAUGUUAGUCAGUAGGUGUAUUAAUCAUCUUGUGGGUCAUAUAUUUACAUUCAGAUCCCUUCCUUUCUGGGGGACAAAGGUGGGAAGCUCUCUGCUUUCUAGGCUCACAUAAUCAAAGGAGAUAUCCGUCUUAGGCCAUCUCCCUACUCCUUCCUACUUGGAGUUCUAGGAAGGCUAGAGGCAAAGCAAGUCAUAGAGUUUAAAAAGCCUGUCAGACAGUUCUGAUAAUGGUUCAGCUUUUUUGCUGCUGUUAAAUUUGAUGCAAUAUAAUUCUGAUAUAAAAAUACUUUGGAGAAUUGCUUAGCAUUGGUAAAGAACAUUUGUCUUGUGCAGUUUUAUUUCUCUUGGUUCUAAUUCUUACCGUGGAGCCGUGUUUCACUGAGUAGCUUCCUCUAUUAGAUUAUAUUCUUUUCUUGGAUUUUUAAAACUUAGAUGUAUUACUUCAUUUCAGAGUCUUGUAAUUCAUUUCCAUCGUCAAACACUGCUUUUCCUAGUCUGUUCCUAUUGAGCAGUACAAGUAACUCCACCACUUCUUACUAGAAUACCUACCUAGUUUCCAGUGUUGUAUAGAAAGUGUUUCUUUACUCUCUGGUUUAUUUUUCUAAGAAAAAUUGCAGCUAGUUAAAAUGUAAUUUCAAAAAAUUAAUUUAUCACGAUCCUGUGUAUGCUUUGCAUGUUAAUAUGUCAUGACCCUUAAAUUUUUUACUAAAUAGCCCAUUUUAAAUCAUGUAAUCUUGGUGUGUUAUUUUAAAACCUUCAAGUUGUGAGACUGAAAACUAGAUAAAGGAUUGUCAGCCAGGUCUUUUAGUUUAGUCACGUCGCCGUUGCUAAGAUUGUGACUGCUGCUGUUGUUGGCUUGCACUUUUCUUUCGUGCUGUUAAUAUUUGAGUAGAUCCUGACUUCUAUCUUCUUACUUUGUUUAACACAUGUGUUUGUAUGUAUUUGUUCAUGCUAACUAAACAUGUAGUAGGAAUAUGCUAACACAUGUUCUGUGUGUAGGUGUAUCUAUAUAUGUAUACAGACAUUAUACAUAUCUUUUUAACAUAAGAUUGCUUUUUAAUUUGGAUUUGUGUUUUCCAGUAUAUUAUUUAAAUGAACACAGUUUGGAAACCAUACUAAAAAGUUAAACUUAGGGAUAGGUGAAGUAACUUUUAGAUAUGCUGUGUCCUUAAGAAACUUUACUUAGUGUAAAGAAACCCUGUCUCGAAAAACCAAAAAGUGGAAGAAGGAAAAAAAAAAGGAAGAUAUUAUUUACGACUGGAGAGGUGACUCAGCGGUUAAGAGCAAGGGCUCUUCCAGAGGACCCCAUUUGAUUCCCAGCACCCAUAAAAGGUGGCUCUUGACCACCUGUCACUCCAGUUCCAGGGACACCAACACCACUAGCCUUUGCUUGUACCUAUCCUCACGCACGCACAUAGACUCCACGUGCACACGUGAUCUAAGGAGCUUCAUUUAAGCUGCAAUGCAGGCGGAUCUCUGUGAGUUUGAGGCCAGCCUGGCUGGCCUACAGAGUGAGUUCCAGGACAGCCCAGGCUACACAGAGAAACCCUGUCUUGAAAAACCAAAAAAAUAAAAAUAAAAAAGGAGAGGCUUCAUUUGGAGUCACAGUGCCAUGAGUCUCUGCUCAUGGAUAAUAAGCUCUUAGUUAUCCAACUGUGUUUUUUGACAGAAUAGAGGAUUGCCUUUCGGAGGUAUAGACUAUGAAUAAGUACAUUUCUAGGUUUCUUUUACAGACUCAACUUUAUCUUCUUGUAUUUCUGAAUAAUAACAAUCAUUCAGAGAUCAUUAAUCAUUGCUGUGUAAUUUUUAAAAUUAUAAACUCUCUUGGAGGAAGGGAAAUCUACAUUCUCAAAGACUUUUGUUUUGUUUUGUUUUGUUUUUUGAGACAGGGUUCCUCUUUGUAGCCCUAGCUGUCCUGGAUCUCACUUUCUAGACCAGGCUGGCCUCGAACUCAGAGAUCUCCUGCCUCUGCUCCCGGCUGCUGGGAUUAAAGGCGUGCGCCACCAGCGCCUGGCCUCUCAAAGACUUUUUAAAGGUAGAAAAUUACUGAAUUCUUCAAAGCAUUGUGCCUCAUUUUUUAAAGAAGAAUAACAAUAAUGAGUGACUAUGACAUGAAAGAUACUAAUAUCAAAUAAUUAUUGGAUGCUAAAAGCUAAUAAAAAUGUAAAAUUUA